AUGUCUUACCACGAGCGCAAUUCCAAGAAGAGAAAGACCAACCACAAUGGUGGUGGCCAGGAUACAACAUCCUUCAAGCCUUCUGCGACUUUCAACCCCACUGAAGGAGGUCGACCAUGGACUCUCUCUGUCGCAAUUCCCAGCAGUAUUCUCUCAAACCUUGCUACUGCCGACCAGCGAAUGACCCAGCCCGCGCGAAUUGCUCGUGCCCUCGCUGUCUUCUCUGUCGACGAAGUCGUAGUCUUUGACGAUUCACCUCCUGCUACCAGACCUCGUCACACAGACCCAAACAGCUACACAGGCGACACCGACCCAUGCCACUUUCUUUCGCAUAUUCUGUCCUUCCUUGAGGCACCUCCGUUCAUGCGCAAGACUCUUUUCCCUCUCCACCCCAACUUGCGACUCACUGCCAUGCUGCCCAGUCUCGACAUGCCGCAUCACCCGAACCCCAGGGACUAUCUCCCUUACGCCGAGGGAGUUACUGUUGCUGGUCAGACGAGUACAGGAUCCGGUACCCUUGUCGAAUGUGGCCUUGACGCUCCUGUCGAGAUUGAAGCCGAGAUCCCGCCUAAGACAAGGAUAACACUCAAGUUUUCCGAGGAUGAAAACCAAUACCCCGAGCCUGUUCACCCUGCUGCACCAAGAACUGAGGGUGGUUACUACUGGGGUUACACUGUUAGAAAGGCCAACUCUCUAUCCAAAGUCUUCACCGAGAGUCCCUACGAGAAUGGUUAUGACGUUAGCAUUGGUACUUCUGAGCGUGGUGUUCCAGCUUCAAAGGCAUUCCCACCAAGCAAAAGAGUCAACUUCAACCAUCUUCUUAUUGUCUUUGGUGGUCCCCGUGGUCUCGAGUUUGCGGCGAUGAAUGAUGAAGAGCUUAGCAAGAUGGACAUCCAGGGCCCCAAGACAAAAGAGCUAUUUGAUCACUGGAUCAAUGUUUUGCCAAACCAGGGUAGCCGAACCAUCAGAACAGAUGAGGCUGUGUUUAUUGCUUUAACUUCAUUGCGAGGUAUUUGGGAUUCUAAUUAG